AGCAUGCCCUGGGCCUACGCCGUGCCCCUCGGACUCGGACUCGUCGCCGUCGCAGCCGUCGCCGUCAUCCUGAUCGAGGUCGUCCCGGCCGUCCUCGAGGAACGCGCCCGCGAGCGCCACAGGAGGAGGCGCCUCGCGAGGCCGGUCCGGCACCGUGUCGAGACGCCGCCGCCGGCGUACCGCGACGUUGCGGGCGAGGACAGCGCGAGGACGAGCGGCGUCGAGGUGGAAGAUGGCGGGUGGAAGUACGAGGUGCGCAGGAGGAAGGGCACGGCGACGACGAGGGCAGCGGGCCACAGCGACGCUGCAGAGCAGGGCCGGUACCGCCUCGAGCCGCUCUACCACGAGCCACAGCAUGUUCUCGGCGAUUCGACCACCGCUGCAGAGUCCGACUUUGCGCUCGGCACACAUGACGACACCGACGACGAGGCGCCCGUCGAGUCGGACCGCAAGGCGCCGUCUCGCGCAUCGUCCAGUUCGUCGUCCGAGCCGGGCACGGCCCCGCUCGUCUCGCCGACGCUGUCGACCUCGUCUCGCCUCGACACCGACGUCAGGAACGUCACGAGCUCGGCGCCGCCCGCGAUCACGCCGCCGCCUGUCGAGGAGAACCCUUUCGCCGACCUCGCGAGCUCGACCGCCCCUCUUCCCUUGACCUCUUCCCCGCUCGACACCGCCUCUCCCGCCCUCUCCUGCUCUUCCUUCCGCCCCAUCUCGCCCAUCCCGACCUCUCCUGUCGCCCUGGCGCCUGUCGCCGCGACGUCCAAGUCCGCCUCGCCCGCGAGCGCCGACGAGUGGGUCCUCCCGAGCCCGGCGCCGUCUGCCCCGGCGAGCGUGAGCGGCGACGCUGCGGCAGACACGGACGUCGACGACGACGGCUGGUCCCGUUUGAGCGACGAGGAGGACGAGUGGCGCGAGGCGAGGGCGCCGACGGGCGAGACGGGCGGACUGCGCCUCGAGGGGAUGGCAGGGGCUCGUGCGCAGUGAGCGGUCGUCGAGAGGCUCGCGAUGGAGCGAGGGCAGCUCUCAGCUUUAUCUCUACUAUGCAGUGCACUAUCUCUUUC